UUUAUCUUGUUCCGAUCUGCAGUCCAUGCAACGAGGCGAUCCAGCUUGGGUUGGUUAUAUAUAUGCCUUCUUAAUCUUUUCUGGAGUGUCAAUUGGGGUGUUGACCGAAUCUCAAUAUUUCCAGAAUGUUAUGCGCGUUGGUUUCCGGCUGAGAUCAACUUUGGUGGCUGCUAUAUUUAGAAAAUCAUUACGAUUGACUCAUGAGAGUCGCAAGAGUUUCUCUACAGGAAAGAUAACAAAUAUGAUUACCACAGAUGCUAAUUCACUUCAGGUAAAUAUGAUUCAGAUUUGUGUACUUUGAUUAAUUAAAUAUCAUUAACAACAAGUAGUGUUGUUUUGUUUAGGAAAAAAUCAAAUAAAACUUAUAUUCUUUGC